GGACAGAACGAGAGCGCGCGCGCUGGGGGUGAAGAGAGAGAGGGGCAUUAUCUCCUCUUCUCACGCCCGUAUCCGUGCGUUUUCAGCGGGCAUUAUGCGGAGGUGAAGACGGUCGCGGUGCUCCGCCGCUCGAGGUUUCGCAUCCUUGCGGAUUCUGAACCGAGCAGCGCUUUAUUUUUUAUUAUUUUAUUUUUAUACAUUUUUUAUUUUUAUACGGAGCUCCUCCGCGGAGCAGCGGCCGCGUACACUCAUGCAUUCGAACAGAGGAUUAGCGCGGAGGAACUGCCUCGAGAAUAUGAACUGCAGCUGGGGCACGGAGCUGUGGGAUCAGUUUGAUAACUUGGAGAAGUACACGCAGUGGGGCAUCGAGUUUGUGGAGCGCUACACCAAGUUUGUAAAGGAGAGAUCUGAAAUCGAGCUCAGCUAUGCCAAACAAAUAAGAAAUCUGUCGAAGAAAUACCAGCCCAAGAAGAACUCCAGAGAAGAGGAGGAGUACAAGUACACCUCCUGCAGAGCGUUCCUCAUGACCCUAAAUGAGCUGAACGACUACGCCGGGCAGCACGAGGUCAUCGCCGAGAGCCUCUCGUCUCAGAUUAUCUCAGAACUGUCUCGCUACAUCCAGGAGCUGAAGGCCGAGCGCAAAGCGCAUUUUCACGACGGCCGCAGAGCUCAGCAGCAUAUCGAGAACUCCUGGAAGCAGCUGGAGUCGAGUAAACGCAGGUUCGAGCGAGACUGCAAGGAGGCGGACCGCGCCCAGCAUUACUUUGACAAGAUGGACGCCGAUAUAAACGUGACCAAGGCAGACGUGGAGAAGCGGUGUUCACUCAAGGCGAAGCAGCAGGCUCAGAUGAGGCAUCAGAUAGCUGAUGACAGUAAGAACGAGUAUCUCUCCUACCUGCAGAAGUUUAAUAAAGACCAGCAUGAGCAUUACUACACCCUCAUCCCGCACAUCUUUCAGAGGAUCCAGGAGAUGGAGGAAAGGCGGAUUGAGAGGAUAGGGGAGAGUAUGAGGUGCUAUUCAGAGGUGGAGCGUAAAGUUCUGCCCAUCGUCAGCAAGUGUCUGGAUGGAAUGACCAAGGCGGCGGAGUCUAUCGAGCCCAAAAUGGACACCAAGCAGGUGGUGGAGACAUUUAAGUCUGGUUUUGAGCCCCCGGGGGACGUGGACUUUGAGGACUACAGCGUGUCGAUGAAGAGAGCCGUGUCGGAGUCCAGCUUUCUGAAUGCCCGUGGGGAGAGCCGGCGCAGGAGCCGGAGCAAACUGUGGCCUUUAAUUAAGAGGAAUAAGCUUAUGUCUUUGUUAGCGUCCCCUCGACAGCCCCCUCCCCCUCCCCCCACGUCCCCGUCCCCGGAGGGCCUGGCUAACGGACCCCAGUCGCCCCAGCAGCCCAAGGAGCCCCUGAGUCAGCGGCUCAACGACUUCAUGAGCUCCAAACACAAGAUGCAGUGCCUGCGGAGCCUCAAACGCGGGCUCUCCCUGAAGCUGGGAACAGGUCAGGAAGACUACAGUCAUUUACCACCCGAGCAGCGGAGAAAAAAACUGCAGGCCAAACUUAAUGACGUCAGCAAGGACAUCCAGAAAGAGAUGGAUCAGAGGGACGCCCUGACUAAGAUGAAGGAGGUGUACAUUAAGAACCCUCACAUGGGCGACCCCAACAGCGUGGACCCCCGCUUAGAGGAGGUGCAGCAAAGCAUAGAGAAGCUGCAGCUCGACGCACAUAAAUAUGAAGGCUGGCUAACAGAUGUGGAGAGAAAGCUGCUAGAAAAAGGCAGCACUCAGCGGAGACAGAGUGCCCACUUCGACUCGCAGGGGAACACGCCCAACAGCUGUGCCCAGAACAGAGAGAGUCCGGAUGGCAGCUACACGGAGGACCCCAGCACGGAGACGGUGCAGUUCAAGUCCCGCAGCACCGAGUUCGACGAUGAGUUCGAUGAUGAAGAUCCUUUACCCACCAUAGGAACAUGCAAAGCGCUCUACCCGUUUGAAGGUCAGAACGAGGGCACCAUCCCGUUGGCGGAAGGAGAGAUGCUGUACGUGAUCGAGGAGGACAAGGGGGACGGAUGGACGCGUGUGCGCAGGAACGAGGACGAGGAGGGAUACGUCCCCACGUCCUACAUCAAGCUGUGCUUCGACGCAAACUCCAAAGGUGCCAUGACAUACAUCUAAAACCCCACAGAGCUAAAACAGCAGCCUGCUUAGAGUCAGCAGCUUCCUCUAGUCGUCCUCAUCCUCGGGCCGUCUCCUGAUUGGUCGGUAGGGCGGGACAGGAAUGGAAAAGGCAGGAAUUGUUCACUCUGGGCUGUUUAAUGAUGAUUUACCUCUGCUUUAAAAAAAAUAAAGAGAGAGAGGCUGAAAGGACAGUGUGUUACAUAUGUAAAAAAAUGAGCUGUUAAAAACACCACUUUUAUCCUGUGGGAAGGGAAGUGGACAGAACUUGAUGUUUUUACAUGUGCAAGAUAUCAUGUAGCAUAUCAGACGAUUUGUGUCUGUAUUUAUAGGCUUCUUUACUUUGCAUUUUUCCCUCAGUAUCAAUAAGAGGAAACAAAAAGAGAGAGAAAAGCGUCCGUGAGGACGAGACUGGCAAUAGAGCCGCCGCCGCCGCGUCCUUUAAGGUCCUCGUUUAGUAAAGAAAAGCUGCUUAAUCUACAUUUCAUAUCAUAGCUUUGGGUAUUGUGGUUGUUUUGUAUGAAAUGUUUAAACCUCGUGUUUUGUCCAUGGCUGAGCCAAAACUACUAAUAAGCGACUCUUGGGUAAGAGUAUAAUAAUAAUAAUAAUAAUAAUUCUGCCUGAAAAUAAAUUUGAUCUUUGAUUUGAAUAAGCUAUAAGGGCAAAGAGUGCAGAAUUAUCAUUUCUUCUCUAAUACUUGGUUAGAUCUCCUGGUCUCCAUAUCUGUCCUGCCAGGUAAGAAAUUUACCCGUGUCUGUUUUUUUUUUUUUUUAGUUCAGUUUAAAUCUGAUUGUUGUGGCGCAGUGGAUAACACCACUACCUGCUAGUGCACUACCUAACACUACAUUGGUUUGGUCCACCUCUUUAUCUACCCAUUUGAAGGUAGACAGUAAACAGAGGAAACCUGUUGUAGAAGAGCUAGAUAACUAGAUUCAAUACUCUGCAGGGAACGGAGCAAACAGAGGGGUAUUUAUACUAAACGGGCCAGGUGAAAACAAUCAGAAACUGGGCGAGUGGGAACACCAUAUCACCAUGUGAUCAGCAGAGUCAGAGAAGUCCCGUGUGAGUGCAUGCUGGGAGUUGGAGUUUUUGUGUAGUUCAGAGUUCACCUCUGUAAUGGACAUUAACUCACUUUAAAGUCACUUUGGAUAAAAGUGUCAGAAAAAUGCUGUAAAUGUAAUGUAAUGCUUUUAGGUGAGCGAACACACAAAUUAAGGGUGUGCCAUAUCAUAUAGUACUCAAAUCAAUAUUAUUGAUUGCCUGAUCUGCAUAGUAUUUUUUUUUAAGUUUAGCAAUUGUUUAAUAAAAAAUUUAAGCAGGACAAGUAUGUUUCAUUACUUCACAGAAACAUAUUUUAGCUAUUAAUGGAAAAAAUAUGGCUCUUUUAAGUAUUAGAGAAGAAAUGACUAAGCCGAAUUACGCUUUGUCCGUUGAGCUUAUAUUCUAUAUAUAAAAUGCCUCACAUCUCAAAAUUUAUCAGAGCAGGAUUUUAAGGAUGUACAACAAUGUUUUCUGUUGCGAUUUUUACCACAGUUAAACUGUGUUUCUAUACCUAAGUGUUUCAAUUCUAUAAUUCUGACUGUAAAUACUCUACGAGAGUGCAUGGAAGGAGGACGGAAUAGCCUAAAGUUUACUCAGGUACUUAUUUUCUUCUAUUUCUUUUAGGUAAAUGAAUAUAAACAAUAUUUGUUCUUCGCCCCGACACUUUCAUUCAUGCUAAAAGUGAACAAUUAAAAAAUAUGAAUAGCUUUAGUAAUUCUCUGCAUGCGCGAAAAAAAUUCAGAUUUAACUAGCUUUGCAAUCACUGCUGUCCUGAGCAAACCCCUCCCACCAACCCUGAAACCCCCUCCUACUAACCGGAAACCCCUCUCACUGAUCCAAACCUCUCUUAAUCCCCUCCCACCAGCCCGAAACCCUUCCCACCACCCUGAAACCCCUUCCGCCACCUUGAAACCACUCCCACUAACCGGAAACCCCUCUCACUGAUCCAAACUUCUCAUAAUUACCCAAUACCCCUCCCACUAACCAAAAAACCCUUCUUUCUAAUCCAAACCUCUCCUAAUCACCCAAAACCCCUCCUCCCAACACGAACACCCCUCCCACUAACCAGAAACCCCUUUCGUUGGUCCAAAACCCCUCCACUAACCAGAAACCUCUCCCAUUCACCUGAAAUCCCUCCCACUGACCAGAAACUCCUCCCACCAACCCAAAACCCCAUGCUCCAUAGUGAAACCCCUCCCACUAGCAGGAAACCCCUCCCACAAACCUGAAACCCCGCCCUAUCCUCAAUCACAGCUGACGGCAGCAGAAAACUAAGCUUUAGUAGUAGUGAGUAGAAAGCUUCAGACGUCUUCCAGGUGGCAUGAGCUUCCAUCAGUGUGCUGCUUUGUGAGCGUAGCUGAGCGCUAAGCUAAUAAACACAGUCUGCAUGCGGUUCUUAGUUUGACUGGCAUGAUAAACAAACUAUGUUUUGAUCCAGAGAUCCAUGGAUACGUAGGACAGAGAUCAGAGCACACGUCGUGAGUCCUGAAGAUGAUAGAGACAAGAUAACAGCGGUUUCUGGAGGAGAAUCCUCCGCUGUGUUACUAAAGCUAAAGCUAAUCCAGGGUUUUCCUCCUGAGAGAACAGUAGCUGUAGAUUCUGAUCUUGAUAGACUGAAGCAGCGAGAGGUAUUAACACUUAUUCACACCUGGGUUUAUUUUAUUACUGUACUGGGGUGAGUUUCCCAAAAACGUAACUUACUUACUUUAGCCUGAUUUUUGCCUAAAAUCCUUCGAGGGAAAGAUCUGCAUGUAAAUGGAAAAAAAAAUAAAUAAGACUAGAUAGGAACUAGAUUAGAGUAAGUUGGCUUGAAAAAGCGCAUUUUGUAUGAGUAUACCGAUUAUCAUGGUUUUAGCUAAAAAUCUGUGACCUGUAGAGACGUUUAAAAUUUUUGACAAAAGUUUGUGGACACUUUUGAAUGGAUUCCUAUGGGGAAAUGUCUUCCCAGCUUUUUUCCCAAGAGACCUUAUUAAAAACAUAAAUAAAUAAAUAUAAAUUAAAAGGAUUAAUAAUUGUUAUUAUUUUUAUUGUUGUUUUAGUUCUUAUCAUAUAAACUUAAUAAUAAAUUGCGAUUCUUAUAUGUAUAGCUAAUUACUGAUUAUUAACUAAAGUUAUAAUGUUUUAUUUCAGUUUUCUGCACACCGUUUGUUCAGUUAUUCACAAAUCAAGAAAAUCUGUCAUUUGACCAGGAAUAUUCAAAAGUUUGCACGUUUACACAUAUUUAAAAAAAAUAACGAACAAUUUACUUAAUUUGCCAGUGUCUUUUUCUAUUAUUAUUUUAUUAUUAUAAAAACAACAAAACUAUAGCAAUACUAAUACAAAUAUCAAUCAUGCCUUAAGUCAUUUUAAAGUACAGUACCGGUCAAAAGUUUGGACACUCCUUUUCAUUCAGUGCUUUUCUUUAUUACUUUAGUCCUUAAUUUAUUUUCUAAGUUGUAGUUUAAUAUUAAAGACGUUAAAGCAAUAUGUAUAUUGAUUGAUUGAUUAAUUGAUUAUUUUUUGGGAAACUCACCCCUGUCUGUUUGGUCAGUGUUUGCCCCCAUGAAUGUGUUUUUAAAUUGGAGGGUUCCUCACUACACCAUUUUAUAUCCUUUUUUUAAUUAUUUGUCUUUCUUUUCUAUCGGAUUUCUGUGUGAGAUAAUGAGAUAAUAGGGGGAAAAAGCGAAAGAGAAUGAGUCCGGGAAAACAUGAAUUGUAUGAGUUUUGGAAUGGUGUUUUGUCACUUUUUUAUAUGCAGCAUCUCUAACAUCCUGUGUAAUUGUUUUUUUUUUUUUCCUUUUGCUUUUCUUUUUUAUUUAUUUCGUUUUCUUUUUGUUUUCUUUUGCUUUUGUUUUUCUUUUUUUCUUUGCAGAUCCCUAAAAGCGUUUGGCACAGCUGGCACAGGAGUGGCAGGGCAAGCAUCCUUGCGCGAAACAUCCGCCGUCUUUAUUGUGUAGUGAGAGGGGUGGCGUGCGAGUCCUGCUGCACACAGGCAGCUCCAUUCUUAACGCAAUCUCUGAACCUCCUCCUCCUCCGGCCAGAGGCAAAAAACUAACUAACUAACUAAACAAAACGUUUUUUGGUUGCUGUUUUUCUUUUUUCUCCUCCACUUUUUUAUAAUUAGUGUGCUGAUGAUGAUGAUGAUGAUGAUGAUGAUGAUGAUGAUGAUUUGCUGAGCUUUGUGCUUCUGUACGGACCUAGACUCCUCCUCCUGUUCCUCCUCCUCUUCCUCCUCCUCCUCCUCCUCCUUUAGCCGUGUGUGCUAUAUAGCUAUAUAGCUGCUUGCUAUCUCAGACCAGAGCCCUUAGCUACAACCAGUAGUCCUCAGAUUCAGAUCCAGGACUGUGAAGUGCACGUAGUGUUAAAGGCUAUAUAUAUAUUUUUGCUUUGUUUUUUCACUUAUUAACGAUAGCACGAUAACGUAGUACCUGGUGUACUUCUCUUAAACGAUGCCUGACCUGCAGAGAGAAGAGAAAGAAACAAAAAAAAACUUUGCUGAGAGAAACGAAAUGAACGAAAACAAACAAAAAAAUCUUUUUAUGAACAUUUUAUCAGUCCAGAAUUGAUUGUGCUCAUUAAAGAACAUUUAAAUGUGUUAUUAUUCUGAUUAUUAUUCUGAUUAUUAUUAUUUUUUAUGGGUGGGGAGUGGUGAAGUCAUCAUGCUUGCACUGAUUUAAGUGGUAAAUGAUGUGUGUGUGUGUGUGUGUGGUGGGCAGGUGUGUGUGUGUGUGUAGAGGUGUGUGUCCACACCUCUAUAGUCGCCCUCACUCUUUCCUCAAACAGACGAAAGCAGUGCCACCUCACUCUCUAUCUCACUCUCUCACUCUCUCUCUCUCUCUCUCUCUCGCUCACGCUCUCACUCCCUCUACCCCACCACACCCAACGCCCCCACUCUCUCUCUCUCUCUCUUUCUAUCCUCAGUCUGUCUCUUUCUCUCUCUCUCUCUCAAUUUCCCACAAUCUCUUUCUCUUCUACCUUUUCUCUUUCUUUCAUUUACUUUAUCUGAUUUUAAUUCAUUCAUUUUGUAGGCAUGUUUCCUUUUGUACUUUUCUCUCCGUCUCUUUCACACUUUUUUUUGUUUCCCCACUUCACAUUUAUUCAUUCUCACCCUUUGAACUUGUUGUACUUUUUAUAUUUUCCUUCCUUUCUUUUAUUCCUCAUAAUCUUAAAUUCUUACUUUUGUACUUGAACUUUCCCUUUCACUUGUUCUGUUUUUCCUCUCUCUCACUCUCUUCUAUUCUCUCUUUCUCUCUCCUUUCCUCUCACUCGUUUAUUCUUUUUUGUAUCGGUUCUUACUUUUUCUUCUUUUCGAUUUUCUUCCUUUUUUUUUUUACUCUGAUUGAAUGUAUUUUUUUUUCUUUGUACUUCAACUUUCUAUCCCCAAUUCUCUCUCUGUCUCUCUCUCUCUCUCUCUCUCUCUCUCUCUCUCUCACUGUCUCUCUCUCUAUCUCUCUGUCUCUCUCUCACUGUCUCUCUUUCUAUCUCUGUCUCUCUCUCUCUCUGUCUCUCUCUCUCAGUUUUUAUCUUUCUGUCUGUCUCUCUCUCUCACUUUUUUAUAUUUUUGCACAUCUUCCCCUUUUCUCCCCUUUGUUUUACUUUAUUUUGACUCGUACUCACUCUUUUUCUUCUCUCUCUCUCUCUCUCUCUCUCUCUCUCUCUCUCUCUCUCUCUCUCUCUCUCUCUCUCUCUCUCUCUCUCUCUCUCUCUCUCUCUCUCUCUCUCUCUCUCUCUCUCUCUGGCCGUGUCUCGUGCGUGUAGCUCUAGUGGUGCCGUUUGUUCAGUAGAUGUUGAUGAUGUUCUUGCGGCUGGUGCUGUGUUUCUGCGCAUGCAUGCUUGCCCUGUCUCUUUGUAUGUGCCAGUCUUAGGGGUCCAGUCCUCCAGCAAGUUCACGCCUCUCACCUCCGACGGUUGAACUUGCUCCUUCAGUUGUGUUCGUGCCUGUGGUUUACUUUUAUUAUUUUGGAUUUCUUUUAUUUUUUUAUUUUUUUAAUUGAUAUAUAAUUUUUUUUUGUUCAUUUUUAGCAGGUUUUAGUUUUGCCACCUAUGCAUGGCCACUUGCUUCACACCCCUGAGUUCUGACUUUUAGAUCUUCUUUAAUUUUUUACUUUCUACAAAGCCAGGAAUCUUCAGUGGUUGUUUUUACGUUGUUUUACAGUAUUUUCAGUUGGAUGUUGAACACAGAUAUUUACCUCAUUUCUGACGGAUUGGUUUGAGCUGCUGUUUAAAUCGGCUCUGAAAGACUAAUGUUGUUGUUUAUCUCCAUUUAUAAAGAAAGAGUAUUGCAGUGCUGAGCCGUGUGUGUAUUCUCUAUAUUGUGCUUUUGCAUUCCCUUUUCCCUGCAGACCUUCUCAUAAACAUCAAACUGCCAAAUCA